CAUCCGUGUAUUCCUUCACCAUGUGGACCGAAUUCUCAAUGUAUAGCUUCAGGAAAUAAUCCAUCAUGUUCAUGUCUUCCAUCUUAUAUUGGUGCUCCACCAAAUUGUCGACCAGAAUGUAUAAUAAACCCAGAUUGUCCAUCAACUCUUGCUUGCAUUAACAACAAAUGUAAAGAUCCGUGUCCAGGAUCGUGUGGAAGUGAUGCACAUUGCCAAGUUGUUAAUCAUGCAGUUUCGUGUCUAUGUCCCUCUGGAUAUACAGGAAAUCCAUUCGUUCAAUGUAUUUAUCAACAAGAAAAUUUAAAUCCAUGUGAACCAUCUCCAUGUGGUGCAAAUGCAAUAUGUAAGCAACAAGAUGGUGCCGGAUCUUGUUCUUGCAUUAAUGAUUAUUAUGGAAACCCAUAUGAGGGUUGCCGACCUGAAUGUGUUCAUAGUUCUGACUGCCCAACAAAUAAGGCAUGUAUUGGAAAUAAAUGUGUUGAUCCUUGUCCCGGUGUAUGUGGAGUAGACGCUGUUUGUACAGUCAUUAGUCAUGUUCCAACUUGCAACUGUAUGUCUGGAUAUAUAGGAAAUCCAUUCACGUACUGCCAACCUCAACCUCCAACAACCCAAGCAACAGUGUAUGAUCCUUGCCAUCCAUCACCUUGUGGACCUAACAGCCAAUGUAAAAAUGUAAACCAACAAGCAGUAUGUUCUUGUCAAAUAGAAUACCAAGGAACUCCACCAAAUUGUAGACCAGAGUGUGUCGUAAACAAUGAAUGUCCAUCGAAUAAAGCUUGUCAUAAAUUCAAAUGCACAGACCCCUGUCCUGGAACAUGUGGAUUAAAUGCUCGUUGUGAAGUUAUUAAUCAUAGUCCAAUUUGCACAUGUUCACCUGGUAUGAUUGGUGAUCCUUUCACAAGAUGUUAUCUACAACCAGUGAAACCAUUAGAUGAACCGGUGAUACCUACAAAUCCUUGUAUCCCCUCACCAUGUGGACCGAAUUCUGAAUGUAGACCAGUUGGAAAUCAACCAUCAUGUUCAUGUCGAACAAAUUAUGUCGGUUCUCCACCAAAUUGUCGACCGGAAUGUUCCGUAAAUUCUGACUGUCCUUCUGUAUUGGCUUGUAUAUCAGAUAAAUGUAGAGAUCCAUGUUAUGGAUCUUGUGGUUUAAAUACAGACUGUAGAGUUCAAAAUCAUAUACCAACUUGUACAUGUAUCUCUGGAUACAAUGGUGAUCCAUUCACGCAAUGUAAUCCAAUAAUAGUGCAACCAACACUAGCCACACCUACCGAUCCAUGCAAUCCAUCACCUUGUGGUUCCAAUGCACAAUGUUACAAUGGAGUUUGUCAAUGUCUGACUAACUAUUUUGGAGAUCCAUUAAUAGGUUGUCGACCUGAGUGUACAAUGAACACAGAUUGUCCUAGGAAUAAAGCAUGUUUAAACCAAAAGUGUCAAGAUCCUUGUCCAGGCACAUGUGGUCAAGGAGCCAUAUGUGAUGUCAUCAACCAUAUUCCAACAUGCAGUUGCCCAAUUGGUACUGCUGGUGAUGCAUUUGUUAUAUGUAGACCUAUUAAAGUUCAAGAUGAACCAUCUAAAGACCCAUGUAAUCCUUCUCCAUGUGGACCAAACAGUGUCUGUCGUGUAGUAGAAGGACAUGCUGUCUGUUCAUGUCAAAAUACUAUGAUCGGUUCACCGCCUUCUUGUCGACCAGAAUGUGUUGUUAGUGCAGAGUGUCCUUUAACUCAAGCAUGUCUAAUGAGCAAAUGCCGUGAUCCAUGUCCUGGAACUUGUGGCCAUCUUGCUAAUUGUAAAGUAGUAAAUCAUAGUCCUAUCUGUACUUGUCCACCACGACAUAGUGGAGAUCCAUUUAGGAGUUGUUAUCCUGUUCAAGAAAUAAAACCAACACCAUCAGCUGAUCCUAUUAAUGUUUGUGUCCCGUCACCGUGUGGGCCCAAUUCUGAGUGUAGAGAUCGUGGAGGUGCACCAGCGUGCUCAUGCUUACCAAAUUAUGUUGGAACACCACCAUCAUGUAGACCGGAAUGUACAAUUAAUCCAGAAUGUCCUAGCCAUUUAUCAUGUAUUAAUCAAAAAUGCACAGACCCUUGCCCUGGUUCAUGUGGCUCAAAUGCUGUAUGUUCUGUAAUUAAUCACACUCCCAUGUGUUCCUGCAAUAAUGGAUUUACCGGAGAUCCGUUUACAUAUUGUCAAUCAGUCCCGG